AUGAGCAAUCACACCGGCGAAAGCAAGGCUCAGGACCAAGACGGCUCCGCUGCCGUCAGAGCGGCGCAAGUCGCUGGCGUACGCCGACCUGAUGGCAGUGUUCUACCCGGCCAACACGCUGGCGCAGCCAACGGUUGCCGAGCUGCCGCUCGACGCGCCGUUCUCGCCCAGCCCGGCAUCAGCCAGCUGGGAGCCGACGCUGGAGCGCGCGAUCCGGUCGAUGUCUCGAUCAAGGCGCAGUGCGUGCGGUCUUUCGACACCGAAACCAGCGGCACGUACACAGCCACAGGGUUCGUGGUCGACGUCGAGGCCGGGCUGAUCCUGUCGAACCGCCACGUGGUCAAUCCAGGGCCAGUGGUCGCACAGGCAGUCUUCGUCAACUACGAGGAGGUCGAGCUGCAGGCGGUGUACCGCGACCCAGUGCACGACUUUGGGUUCUUCCGGUUCGACCCGGCCAAGCUCAAGUUCAUGGAGGCCGAGGCGAUCCGGCUGGCGCCGCACAAGGCCAAGGUCGGCAUGGAGAUCCGCGUCGUGGGCAACGACGCCGGCGAGAAGCUGUCGAUCCUGGCCGGCACGCUGGCACGGCUGGACCGCACGGCGCCCGAGUACGGGCUGGGCGAGUACAACGACUUCAACACGUUCUACAUGCAGGCGGCGUCGGGCACCAGCGGCGGGUCGUCGGGGUCGCCGGUGCUGGACAUCGCCGGCGACGCCGUGGCGCUCAACGCCGGCGGCGCCAGCAAGGCGGCGUCGUCGUUCUACCUGCCGCUGGACCGCGUCGUGCACGCGCUGCGGCUCGUGCGGCGCGGCCAGCGCGUGGCGCGCGGCACGGUGCAGGCCGAGCUCGAGCACGUGCCGUACGACGGGCUGCGGCGGCUGGGGCUGCCGCUGGCGCUGGAGCAGCGCGCGCGCGCGGCGUUCCCGCAGGCGCAGGGCAUGCUGGCGGUGCGCGCCGUGCUGCGCAGCGGGCCGGCACACGGGCACCUGCGGGCCGGCGACAUCGUCGUGGCCGUCGACGGCGCGGCGCACAGCGGCUUCGCCAGCUUUGAGGCGGCCGAGGACGCGGCCGUCGGCCGCACGCUGGCCGUCAGCGUGUGGCGCGGCGACGCGGCACACGACGCGCAGCUGCACGUGCAGGACCUGCACGCCAUCACGCCCAGCCGCUUCGUCGAGUUCGGCGGCGGCGUCGUCAACGAGCUGUCGUACCAGGUGGCGCGCAGCUACGGCGCGGCCGUCGGCGGCGUCUACGUGGCCAGCAGCGGCCACGCGCUGGGGUCGGCCGGCGCGUGGCGCGGCUCGGUGCUGCAGCGCGUCGGCCGCGUCGACACGCCCGGGCUCGACGCGUUCGUGCGCGCGGUCGCGGCGCUGCGCGAGGGCGCGCGCGUGCCGGUGCGCUUUGUCGCGCUGGACCGGCCGCACAAGCAGCGCGUCGGCAUCAUGCACGUGUCCACGCGGUGGCACGCGCUGCGGCUGGCGGCGCGCGACGACGCCACGGGGCGGUGGGAGUACUCGCACAUGGCGCGGCCGGCCGCGGGCGCCAGCGCGGCGCCGCAGACGGUCGCGCACCAUCCGCUGCCGCGCUCGCUGGACCCCGCCGGCGCCGUGUGGCGCAGCUUCGUCGGCGUCGAGUUCCACGCGCCGUUCCUGGUCGACGGCAUGCGCGCGGCGCGGUUCCAGGGCCCGGGGCUGGUGGUCGACGCGGCCGGCGGGCUGGUGGUGUGCGACCGCGACACGGUGCCGAUCGCGCUGGGCGACGUCUACGUCACGGUGGCCGCGUCGGCCGUGCUGCGCGCGCGCGUCGAGCUGCUGCACCCGACGCACAACUUCGCGCUGGUGCGCUACGACGCCGCGCAGCUGGCCGGCGCGCCGCCCGUCGACCUGCCGCUGCACGCCGACUUCUACAGCGGCGCGCGGCGGCUGGAGCAGGGCGACGCCGUGCACGUGGUGGCCGUGUCGGCCGACCAGACGCCGGUGGUGCGGCGCACGCGCGUGGCGGCGCGCGCGAUGGUGGCGACGGCCGAGUGCGCGCCGCCGCGCUUCCGCUGCGUCAACGCGCAGGGCCUGCGGCUCAACGACCAGCCGCCGUGCCUGGGCGGCGUGCUGUGCGACGAGCGCGGCCGCGUGCAGGCGCUGUGGGUCAGCGUGUCGUCGCAGGACGCCGCGCACAAGGACACGACGACGAUGCUGGGGCUGGACAUCAGCGUGCUGCGCCCGGCGCUCGAUGCGCUGCGCACGGCGGCGCGCGUGCCGCCGCCGCUGCGGUCGCUGGACGCCGACCUGUGGCCGCUGCGCCCGGCGGCCGCGCGCGCGCUGGGGCUGAGCGACGCGCGGCUGGCGCAGGCCGAGGCCGCGCCGAACGCGCAGCUGCUCUCGGUAAGCGCGCUGCUGGCCUGCGAGACGCCGGCUGCGCGCGCGCUGCGCGUGGGCGACGUGGUGCUGGAGUGCGACGGCGCGGCCGUGCGCGACGUCAGCGCGCUGGCCGUGGUGGCCGCGCCGGCCGUCGACCUGGUGGUGCUGCGCGACGGCCGCGAGCAGGCGCUGCACGUCGAGACCACCGAGCUGGACGCCAUGGAGACGCGCCGCGUCGUGCACUGGUGCGGCGCGCUGGUGCAGCGCCCGUACCGCGCCGUGCUGGAGCAGGUGCAGCGCCUGCCGUCGGCCGUGUACAUCUCGUGCACGCUGUUCGGCUCGCCGGCCAACGCCGCCGGCCUGCGCCCGGGCAUGUGGAUCACCGAGAUCGACGGCCGCGCCGUGGCGACGCUGGACGACUUUGCCGAGGCGCUGGACGCGAUGCGGUCUGGCGCCCCGCGCUACGUGCGCGUCGCCGUCGCCGGCAAGAACCUGGUCGCGCGCGUGCUCAGCCUGCGCGUCGACAACCACUACUGGCCGCCGUGGGAGCUGGUGCACGACGAGGCCGAGGCGAGCGGCUGGCGGAUGGUUGAGAAGGCAGUGGACUAG